GCACAACAUUUUACAAUCCAUACCCCGUUUACAAAUUACAACCUCGAAAGGCCAAAUAAUCCACCAACUUUUGCGAAUCCGUUUAUCAUCCAUUACAUCCUACCACUAUGAGCUACCUCAGGCCUCUCUUCCUAGCUUCAUCCUUUGUGCCGCUCGCUCUAGUGGCUGCAUCCUCCCCCCAGUGCUUUGCGAAGGGCCAGGGACAAUUCGCCAAAGACGAAGCCACCGCAGCCCUGAACAACGUCUGCGAUGAACUCCUCUACGGGGGUUUGGCGCCCAAGCCAUCUGUCGAUCUCCAGAAGACACAAUCAACAUGCCGCACCUUCCCAGACUACCCAGGCAAGGCAUACCAGUUCACGAUCGAGCCCCUCAUGGCAGCGGAACACAAGAAACUCACACACGAUGAUUGUGCCACGUUAUUGUCGGAUAUUUUGGAUGAGUGCGCACGUGGAGGCUGGGAUCGUACCGACCAUGGCGAGUUCGAGUUAAGGGCCGACCCACAAGGAACGCAGUGUUGA